AUGACAGGGCAUGGAAAGACAGCGUGUUGUUGGACAUGCAAAAUCAGGCACGUCAAAUGCGACGCUACACCGUCGGAAUGUCUUCAAUGUACCAGUAGGCAGGUCCAUUGUCAUGGAUAUGGUCCAAUGCCAUUGUGGAUGGACGGAGGCGAAAAUGAAAAGCAUGAGAAACAGCGUAUCAAACUUGCUAUAAAGAAGAGUGUUAGAGAGAGAAAGAGUCUCCAGGCACGUCAACGCAGAGGCCAUAAUCGAGUCAUACGUCGAGAACGGAAGGUAUCAAAAACGGCUGAAGAGGGCACACAACUCAACAUAAUUUCUCAAAAAAAUUCGGGCUCAGCAGCGACAUCAUCUUCAGCAUUGACUCGUCAAUCCUUGCAAAGCCAAGUCCUCUCAGGACAAUCAUUCGCUAAACCCCUUGGAUAUGACGAAGCCGAUCUUCUGAUGCACUACCUGGAUCAUGUUUUCCCCUAUCAGUACCCAUUUUUUGACAAAGGAAAAUGGUCUCGAGGAUGGCUUCUGUGGCUUCUAAGCAAGAAUGGGCCCCUCUGUCGAGCAGCACUGGGUCUUGCAGCUUUGCACAAGCGAUCAUUGCUGGGUGAGACAAAUAACCAUCACAUUGAACUGGAGUUUCACACCAAAGCGGUCAGGCAGCUCCAGGACUUUCUUUCGUCCGUCGAUGUAAAUGAACUCCGGCCCGACAAUGAGAUUCUAGUGGAGAUCAUCGCUUGCAGUAUAUCACUUGUCCUACGAGGUAGUGCCGCGGACUGGCAACCACACUUAUCUGCCAUGGCGUCCAUCGCAGUCAAGAUACAUAAUCAGCCUCGGUUUCAUCAAUCGUCAGAUCAGCUUAUCGUUGGAAGUAGAGCUACGGCUGCUAUGGCGUUCCAAAUUCCGGUCCUACUUUGGAUAGACUUACUGGCUUGUGUAGCGACUCGAGAAGCCCCCAAACUUCCGUACACUGAGUGGCUGGGACCAAGUUGCAACUUUGAACUUGCACAUAUAAUGGGUUGCCACAACUCAGUCAUGAAGUCCAUAGGAGACUUGGCUGUUUUAAGUCGGUGGAAGGCCAAUUCUACCCUAACAGAUAGUCUUGAUAUCAAGGAAUUUGACAAGGCAAGACAAAACAUCGAUGAUGAUCUAGAAAACGUCAUGGAUUCAACACCCAUGGCCUUUAUAGAAGUUCGAGGACAAUCACCCACUUUUGUGCCGAGCCAAUCGUCUAACCAAGCGAAAUCAGAGCAGCCAUCUGGUCAAGAUUGCGUCACUCGCAUAUUCGCUGCGGGCGCAUUAGCCCAGCUCGAAGCCGUGAGCGUUGAAGCUUCAAAGGAUAAAAUGCCAACUCGAAUAAGAAGGGCCGUGAGUCGAGUGAUAUUGGAGAUCAAAGUGGCAAACCAAUUAAUCUCUCCUCGACAGUUGAGCUGGCCUAUAUGCGUUGCUGGCUGUCUAGCUGAUCCAGACCAGCAGCCAUUCUUCGAAAAAUUACUGGAUAGUGUGAUAGUCAAAGAAACUGGUAUGAUAGGAAACUGCGGGACUGUUCGUGACAUAUUGAGAGCGUGUUGGAAGAAUAGGGUUGAGAAGCCGGAUGAACAUUGGGACUGCAGUAGUACCAUGCAGCAGAUGGAUGUAUGUGCCCUUUUACUAUGA